AUGGUGCUACUUCAACGCGAAUCCUCUUGGGCCAUCCGCUCGACAAGGCCUCACUCUGAUGCCCGUCACUCCCAUCGGGUCACCUGGUUGGUUAUACCGCAUGGACUGGCGCGCCAAACAAGCCAUCUCAUGUCCGUAAACUCAACACCGACCGGGAACCACAACGAAGAAGAGGGCGUCGACCUUGCAAGGAAGCUAACGCUUCGCCGAGACAGGAGCCCCCUCGUAGAAGUGAAUACGGCGUGUUUGAGUGCUUUGGCGUUUGUCUGCUUUGUCUGCUUUGUCUGCUUUGUCUGCGAGGAGACUCCAUCUGUAGCUCCCGCCGAGGCUGUGCCGGAUACCCUAUAUCGCAUCAGUGCAUCCUGUCCUGCCCACCACAGCAAGUCUUGUGCCAACUCGACCACUACAUACAAAAUAGCUCUAAAUUAUUAUUACCAAGACCUAUCGUGCGACGUGUACCUCCGUCCUCUGAUGCUGGCACCCAUCGAAGCCCAAGCCUAG